AUGGACGUCGACGGCGAUCUUGAAUUGCAAGAUGAGGGGACAAAUGCCGAGGCCAUGGACUCUGAUCUCGACUCUGCGAUUGAGGAUAUGGAGGUUAUCGGUGUGGACCUGAGCGCUAUUCAGCCUGAUCUUCAUUUGGAGCCCGGUGGCUACUUCGAAGUUCAAGAUCUCGAGCUCCCAUCUUACUGCGACGACGGGUCUGUGCCACCUGACGCCGCUCUCUACCGCUGGCAACAUGCACUUGUGGAUGCCUCAAAUGAGGUGGGUCGGCCUAUCAACUACGCUGUAGACUGUCUCGACGAUCUUCACAACGUCGGCUUUGUCGAAAUACACCACCAGAUUUACAAAUGGCCUUUCAAUAACUGGCCCGAUGACCCAAAACUCAAAGAAGCCGGUCGAUGGAACUGCGCGAAUCUAGAUAUGGGCCUCGAGGCGUUCUCUUUGGGCCUCUUGACGAGAGUAAAGGGCUGGACGCGAGAUGCCGUUGAGGAGUUGUGUGCAGAGGUCAAGAAGGAGGUCAAGGAUACAAGGCUGCAUGCCUACUGGAGACAGUGA